CAUUUGGAAGUUUAAAUUUUUUGAGAUUGACAAACAAAAAAAAUCCGUGUGGCAGUUAGUAUCAUUCUCUACGCCACAGUAAUAGAAUUUCACUCAAAUUUGCCAAGGCAUUUAUUACUGGACUGGAUGAUAAGGUGCUCACAUGACUAUGUAAGAAAAUGCAAAGACAGCUGACCAGGAACGAUCAUGGACAUGAAUUCAGAGAAUUAUGGAAUGGUUAAAAAUGAACCAGUCAAACAACCAAUUUCAUUCUCAAAAGUUACAGUCAAAGAAGAAUUAACAGACAAUGUCGGAGUGAACGAAAGCACACCAACGGAACAACCAAUCCCUUUCGUUAAAGUUUUCGUGAAAGAAGAGCUGACAGACAAUUUCGAGGUGAAUGAAAAUGAGCUGGGGAAAACGGAAAAAUUUGAUUCGAACGUUGCUGUCAAGGAGGAACUGACAGAUGAUCUUGAAAAGAUUGGAAACGAGCGAGUGGAACAACAAAUUUCUUUCCCGGAAAUUGUAGUCAAAGAGGAAUCGAUUAUCGACGAUGAAUGUGAUUGGAAUGAAAACGAGAUGUUUGAUACCUUUGCAGUAGGCAAUAAGAAUCCAAUGCGCAUCCAUGCAGCUGAAUAUGAUGACGAAAAUCAAAUGGAAUCAGAACUAGAACGAAAGAGACGUCUAGCUCGGGAUAGGCAGACGAAGUGGAGGGUGCGACGCAGGCAAAUGCUUACAGAGGACGAAUUGAAGGAAAAAAUACAGGAAGAAGCUUUGGCUCGAAGGCUGGUCGGACAAAGCGAAACACCCGAACAAGCAAAAGUCAGAAUACAAAAAAAUAUUGCGCUACAGAAGAAGCGACUUCUGAAUGAAACACCUGAACAAGCCGAAGCGAGAAGACGAAAAAAUAGAGCUGUGCAGAAGAAGCGCCGUCUGAAUGAAACGCCUGAACAAACCACAGAACGAAGACAAAAAUGUAUUGCGCUACAGAAAAGGCGUCUGUUGAAUGAAACACCUGAAGAAGCUGAAGCUAGAAGAGUGAAAGAUCGUGCUCGGCGAAGGAAUAGACGUCUGAAUGAAACACCUGAACAAAAACAAGCUAGAAGACGAGAACAACGUGAGCGAGACAGGAGAAGUCGUCUGAAUGAAACACCUGAACAAACUGAAGCAAGAAGACAAGAACAACGUGAGCGAGUCAAGACGAUUCGUCUGAAUGAAACACCUGAACAAACCGAAUUCCGAAAACGAAGACAACGUGAGCGAGUCUAUAAAAGUCGUCAGAAUCGUCUCAAAGAGGGUAAGCUAGCAGACAAGCCGAAGCAGAAACACAGCGAAAGCGACCGAGAACAACGUGAGCGAGACAGGAGAAGUCGUCUGAAUGAAACACCUGAACAAACUGAAGCAAGAAGACAAGUACAACGUGAGCGAGUCAAGAUGAUUCGUCUGAAUGAAACGCCUGAACAAACCGAAGCCAGAAAACGAAGCCAACGUGAGCGAGCCAAUAAAAGUCGUCGGAAACGUCUGAACGAGAAGAAGCUAGCAGACAAGCUGAAGCAGAACGACAGCGAAAACGAAAUGCAGCAGCUGGAAAACUGAAUUCAUGUCAACUCUAUUUGUAAAUAUAUUCCGUACAAAAGAUA